AUGGCAAAACCAAAAACGAUAAGACCUUCAUAUUAUGAUGAUGCUGAGGAAUCAUCGGGAGAUGAAUUAACAUAUGCAUUGUCUAGUAGACAAAAAGAAAAAGAGGAUGAUAAUGAUGAUGAGUUGGCUUCGAUUUCUUUUGGAGCUUUGAAUAAGGCACAAUCUAAAAUACUAAAAAAGAGUUCAAGUAAGACCAAUAAGAAGAGUAAGAAAAGUAAGAAGGAAUAUGUUUCUGAAUCAGAAUCUUCAGAUGAAGAGGAAGGACUGUUUUUCGAAUCAGACUCUGAAGAUGAUGCUCCACGCGAAUCCUCAUCUAAGAAGAAUUCCAGAAGAACCAUCCAAGAUAAAUCCAGGCGAAGCAAACAUGCCCCCGCCGAAUCAUCUUCCAAAAGACCCGUUUCCAAAAUCAGAGAAAUCCCUGGCUUAGAAUCCUCGAAUAGACAUUCUAGUUUAUAUAAAGAUAUUCGAUUUGAUGCCGCCUAUGGGAAAGCCGACUUGAUUAAAGCCAGAAAAGAUUAUUCAUUCUUAGAUGAAUAUCGACAAUCUGAGAUCAAACAAAUGGAAUCCAUAUUACGAGAUAAGAAAUCACAUUUAUAUUUAUCAGAAUAUGAAUUGGAUGAAAUUAGACAGAAUUUACAAUCAUUAAAAUCGAGAUUGGAUACGCUUAAGAAUCGAGAUUUGGAACAUGAUAUAUUAUCCCAGCAUAAGAAACAACAAUUGGAGAAUUUUAGGGUUGGAAAACAACAGAAUCCAUAUUUCCUUAAACGUAGUGAAAAGAGAAAGAUGUUACAAAAGGCCAAAUUUGAUUCUAUGAAACCUAAACAACGUGAAAAGGUUAUGGAAAGGAAGAGAAAGAAGAGAUUGGGUAAGGAGUUUAAACAAUUGGAAUUUAAACCAAGAAGUUGA